AGAAAUGCGCGCGAAGAUCGGGGGUUGCCUUUGACCUGAAACCAUGGGGCAUAUCUGUGAGGAGGAGACGACGACGGCGACAAACUCCGUGUCCGUACACAAGGGAGAAAACCUAGAAUCCUCGGGCAAAGAAAAGUUGGGGAAAGAAGAAGAUGGUGGGAAGCAGAGAGAAAUCGAGAGAGAAACGAGAGAAGAGGCUCCAAGAGUUCUCGCUCCUUCGUACGAUUCCCUACUCCGAUCACCAGAGAUGGUGGACCUCUGAAACCGUGGCUGUGGUAACGGGGGCGAAUAGAGGGAUAGGUUUUGAAAUGGUGAGACAACUAGCCGGCCAUGGUCUGACAGUUAUUCUAACAUCCAGAGACGACGGUGUAGGCCUUGAAGCAGCCAAGGUCCUGCAAGAAGGCGGCUUUAAUGUGGAUGUCCACCAGCUGGAUAUCUUGGACCCUUCAUCAAUCGAGGAGUUUUGCCAAUGGAUUACUGAGAAAUAUGGAGGUGUGGAUGUUCUUAUAAACAAUGCGGGAGUAAACUACAACGUCGGAUCAGAUAACUCGGUUGGACAUGCGGAGAUGGUUAUAUCUACCAACUACUAUGGCACCAAGAACAUAAUUAAGGCUAUGCUUCCGUUGAUGAGACCGAGUGCCCCUGGUGCUCGUAUAGUCAAUGUGACGUCAAGGUUGGGAAGAUUAAAUGGCCGACAUAGCAAACUUGAAAACGAUGCAGUGAGAGCGAUGCUAAACAGCAUCGACUCUCUCACGGAGGAAGCCAUAGACAAACUCGUGUCAGAUUUUCUGAAGCAAGUGGAAGAUGGAACAUGGGAAUCGGGUGGAUGGCCGCACUCCUUCACAGACUACGCUGUCUCGAAAAUGGCAGUAAAUGCAUACACAAGGGUACUGGCAAAGGAACUGUUGGAGCGACCAGAAGGCGAGAAGAUUUACGUGAACUGCUUCUGCCCUGGUUGGGUGAAAACAGCGAUGACGGGUUAUGCAGGGCAUAUUUCAGCAGAAGACGGAGCUGAUACCGGAGUUUGGCUCGUGUUGCUCCCUGACCAAGCUAUAACUGGCAAGUUUUUCGCUGAGAGACGUGAGAUUAAUUUCUAAUAAAAGCUCGGGGUUUUUUCCGGGUCUAUGAACAUAAAUAGUCAUGCCUGCCUCUGCCAAAGAUCUUCUGAAUGCCAGUGUUUAUUUAGUUUCAUGUUUGAGAAGAAGAAGAAGCAAUCCUCUUCUUCUUCUUGGAUUAUCCUUUUGUGUUGUGUGCUUUACAUGUAGUCCUUUCAUAGUACAAUUUGUAUACACCGUUCAUUCUGUCUAACUUAAAUAUAACAAAUA